AUGGCUACGAACACAUCACCUCAAGAAAACUCUCAAAUGUCCCCCGCCUUCAACACGUCCCUCGGCCACACCUACGAAACCUUCUUCGGCCACGACGCCGGCCUGCUCAAAUUCCUCGACCUCCUCCUCACUCACCUUCCUCCCGCUUCCCGCGUCCUCGACAUCGGCUGCGGCACCGGCAAUCCCGUCGCAUCGACCCUCUCCGCCGCAAGCCACCGCGUCACGGGGAUUGAUAUCUCCGAGGAGAUGGUGCGGUUGAGUCGAAAGGCUGUGCCGGAGGGGGUUUUUGAGAUGGCUGAUAUGCAGAGGUAUCAACCUGAUGGGGAGGUUGGUGCUGUGCUGGCGAUUCUGUCGCUUUUCCCGCUGGGGAGGGAGGCGAUCGAAGCGCAGGUUGGACGGUGGAGGUCUUGGGUGCCUGUGGGCGGUCUUCUGGGCGUGGGGACUAUCGCGGCGGAGGAUGUGGAUGUUGAGGGGAAGGGUGGGGAGUUUGAUGCUGAUGGGGGUUGUGCAAGGGGGAUUCAGGUGAGGUUUAUGGGUGCUGAUGUGGAGAUUGAUCUUUUCACGAGGAGUGGAUGGGAGAGGUUGUUGGAGAGGGAGGGGUUUGAGGUUUUGGCGGAUUUGACGGAGCUGCAUGUCCCGCCGAGGGAGGCGAAUAGUGAUGAGGAGGUGCAUUGGUUUUUUGCGGCGAGGAGGGUGAGGUAG